AAUCUGAAAUCAAUAUUGACAAUCUAGGUUUUGAGUCUGACAGAGGCCCUAAGAUGGGCAUCUGGUCAGUUCGCUUUUUUUGCCUAUUCACCAUUUACUUUGCGGCACAAGGGAUUGAGUCCAAGUUUUUGAACUUUAAAGCUGGCUAUGAAUAUGUUUAUCGUUAUGAAGGUCACUCCACUUUCGAAGACCUUGGGAAGUUCAUCAUUAAAGCUAAGGUCAGUUAUACAAACAUUCAAAGCUUGGACGAUGGACAGGAGUUGCUGUUAAAAGUGUACAGCUUGAAUGUCGCCCCAGUGGAGAAUCCAAAUACCAAGGGCAUCGAUAAUGACUUUUCAAAAUGGUUUUCUUUUGUGAUAUCUACACGAGGAGUGGUGGAUCAUGUAUAUCACCCAAAGGGAGAAGAAGACGAAGUGGUGGCCACCAAGAAAGGUCUAGCUUCCUUAUUUGCCGCCAAACUUCAUGAAUUUGGUGAGAUUCCUGGAAAUAGAAGCAGUGGUGCUUUUACUUACCAUAUUUUUGAAAAUGGAACUGAAGGAGGGCACAAUGCUACAUACAUGGUAUCUCCAGUGAAAGAGGGUUUAGAGUUCAAAAAGACAAGGCUCCAACAUCCUGUGAAGAAUGCAAAGGCAUCAUUUCAUAAGACUAUGAUCUACCAAGCCUACCUUGAAACUAUUCAUAGUGUGCUUAUUGAAGAAAAUUUUACAUCUCCUAAAACACCUCCAGGAUUUGAUCCAUUUCAUGGCAUGAGAAAGGUAAAGGCUGUAAACGACUUUAGUAAAGAAGAGUAUCCUACAAUGUCUUACACAAGUCAAGGAAAGCUUAGUUUCCUAACAAGACACGUGGACAAGAGAAAAUGGAUGAAGCCAAGUGAACAACUUCUGAAAUCACCAAUACAUAUUGGCACUGUGAAACACACACCAAAACAUUUAAAUUUGUCAGAGUGCAGAAAAGACAUCAUUGCAAAUCUGACUUGUAUUGAAAAUCAGCCUGAACAAGGUUCCCCAGUUGCAGGAUUGUGCUUUCGAAACAUUGUUAAUCAACUUCUUGGGUUACCAGAUGAGGAAAUUGUUAAAAUAGCAGAGUUCUACUUCAGUAUUUUGCAGCCAACGGUGUUUAAGUAUCAAAGAGCAAUAGAGAAUAUGGUUGAUGCUUAUGGAGCAAUGAACACAGAACUCUCUGAGAAACUACUGGCAGAGAAAGUUUUACUAAGUCCCACUCCUGAUCAUGACCUUGUCAAAAGGGUUUUGACUCAUGUUGCAAUCAAUGACAGAGCCCCAUCUGAGGUGAUGUUGAAAACAUUAGAAGAUGCCGUGAUCCAUCAAGAGACAUUUCCCAAAGAGUUUUACAUCAAGGACACACACAGUAGAUGCAUGUUGGCUCUAGGAGCUGUUAGCCACAAACUAUUUAAGGAAGGGCAGAUAGAGAGGGCCAGGAAAAUAAUGACUUGGGUUCACUUGAAACUGGGAUUGCAUGACCCUUGGAAGUACAGACAAAAGAGAGCUGUGAUGACAAGACAGGAAAUGGAGGACUAUGACCGCCAUAAGGUUAUUCUACUUGAGACUUUGGGAAAUGCCAGGCUGGACGAGUCCUAUGACUACAUUCUGUCUCACAUAAACAGCACAAACUCACCAUGGAUAAAGAGGGCUGGAUGUCAUGCUCUCCGCAAAUACCACCAUGAACAUGCAGCUGAAACACUGCUGUAUUCAGCUCUCUAUGAUGAGGACCAGUCAGUUAGAUAUGAAGCUUCUGUCUUGUAUAUGGCUCAUCCAAAAGGAAAGAUGAUUGCUCCUAUGAAUGCCAAGGAAGAGAGUUCAUUUGACAACACAACAAUCGUGGAGGAUCCAUAUGAUGCUGGUGUGGAUGUUGUAGACCUUACAACUGGUCAUCAGCGAUCUCGUAGGAAUGUAUGGGAAGGAAUCCGCUUUAGAUUGGAAGCUCCAGGUGUAGACUGGAGAAAGACACUGGGCACCAAAGAUAUUGGUGCAUCUUUUGGAGUUAUUAUGAUAAACUUGCUGGAUUUAGCAAUUUGGAAAUUAAUUGGAAUUAAUGAAAAUAUUACUUAUCAUGUGAGAAUGAAAAUUCGUGUUCAUGAUGAAGCAUAUGCAAGAAUACAUGUUGGAAUUCUUGGAUUCAACUACGAUUUUUUCAUCGCCAGAGUUUGUUUUAAAGGGGGCACUGAAUACAGCUUCAACAUUCUACAGGGAAAUGAAAUGAAAAAAAUCGUUGACAUUGCAUUGAAUUUUUCAAAGAAACUGGCAGAAAUUGUGAAUGGCAUUAAAGCAGGUGUACAGUUGUUCAAGGAUUUGAUAUCUGGCAGGCUCAGCCUUAAAAGAAUUAUUGAUGAUUUUGUCAGUGCUAUUACAAGUAUACCAAAUAAGGUAAUCAGCUUGGUAGAGAAAUCAACAGAAGCCCUGGCAAAAAUAGGACACUAUGAUCCUGAAGAUCUGCCUCCCGAGUUCAAGCCUACCAUUAACUUUGUGCACAAAGUCUCAAAGUUGUUUAGUGACAUAAAAGCUGAUGUGAUGGGAUUUGUCAAUGCAGUGGAACAAUCUAUUAAAGUUGUAAUCCCCCAUCAAGCCAAAGUCAUAUUUGAGAGCAUUCGGGACAUUAUUGAAGGAUUCUCAAAGAUUUUGGGAAAUCCCAAAGCAGCACUUCAGAGUAUUGGGAAAGGUGUUUUCUCAAUUUUUCAAUCAAUAAGGAUUAUUCUAAAACAGAAGAACACAGUUCAAGAAGCAUGCUUCUUCCUAAGAGAUGAAAAACCAUACUGGUUUGAUGUUGAAAAAUUGCUGCUUGAAUACCAGCCUUUAGCUGAUCAAGCCUUUGCCAGUUUGAAAAGUGCUGGUGACAGAUGGAUCAAUGAGAAAAUAGAGGAUGCAGAGGACAGAGUCAAAAAAUUUACAAAGGGCAAAUUUGCACUGGUCAAUCUUAGGCGAGAGGCAGUGCGUACAAUAGAAACUCUCCAAGCACUUCUGAUGGACCCCUUUAAUGAUUUAUUAGGAUUGGCAGAUAACUUUGUAAAACAGUAUUCAAGUGUGUUUGGACUUAUUCAAAAGAUCAAAGAUGCAUAUACCACUCUGAAGGAAGGUUAUGACACAGCAAGAGGGAUCAUUGAUGCAAUAUUUGGUCCAAAGGCACAUAAAAAAUUUCCAAAGAAUCGACGUUUAAAAGGGGGAGGAUGUGAUAGUGGAUUUUAUCCAUCCUCUUUAGGAGGUGGACGUAGGGAAUACAGACACAAAGGACUUGAUCUGUUGGUAGAGAGGGGUGACCCGAUUGUAGCUCCUUUUGGUGGCACUAUAACUGUAGAUAGUGAGGACUCAAAGACAGUUAUCAUUAGUUCAGAAGGAGGUUCACUUCGAGGAAUUACAAUCUUCAUAACCAACAUAGAACCCAAUUCCACCAUUGACACGGAAGAGGGCAGAUCAUGUGCAGCGGGUCAGCCCAUUGGUACAGCAACUCGUUCUGAUUGUGAUAAUCACAUCCAUUUAGCAUUUCAAAAAGAUGGAGGCAGUUAUGUGGAUCCCACCAAGUAUCUCGAGUCAUUAUUUCCUGUUGUUCCUAAGUGGAAGCAGAUCUGUGAUGAUUACAAACUUGUUUUCAAGAAUGAAACAAUAGCAGCUAAUGUGAUAGUUGGUUUGAUGGGUGAAGGUGUCCAAAAUAAAGACCCUACUAUUACCAACACAGACAAGGCUGUUCCAAUUAAAUUUCCAGAAAGCAAUGCAAAUCCAGAUGACACCAUAGCCAUAAAAUCAAAACCAAGUGGCCUUUUUGCUAAAGUACACUCAAGCUUAGGCAGUGCUCUAGAUUUUGACACAGAUAAUGACCAGUGUCCUGUCGUUAUGGGAACCCAAUCUUCUGUAGGAAAAAGAUCUCUUUCUCUUGGAAAAGGAAUAUUCUCUAAACUGUUGAAAACGGCAGAUAAAUUUUUGGAAAAAUUCAAUAUAAGACGUUUAAAGUUUGGCACAAUCAUGGACUUUCUGGACAAAUUUGGAAUGACAGAAAGUAAGGCUGCAAUGGCGAGAGUGAUGAGGGAAAUAAAGGAAAUCAUAGAUGACACAGCCUGUAGAAAUCCAUAUGAGAUGACAGAGGAUCAACUGGUGAAUGAAUUGACAGAAAUGGGUAAAGACACAAAAGGAUCGAGAGAACAACUGAUUGAAAGACUGGUGCAAUUAGACAAAAGUUGCCCUUUGCUGUCCUUCACCAUGCCAAAAAACAAUGUCUACUGCAUGUUUGACAGCAUGUGUUUAGGACUGGAAUGUUGCAUUAACCUUAAGUUUGCUGUUUUCUUAAAAAUCUUUAAAGUGUGGGCACGCUUUGAUCCAUGUGCUUCUCCUCAAAUGUUUUUCACUCUUGGUUUGGAUUCAUACACAUACAAAAUUGAGAUCCCAAGUGAUAUAUCCUAUGAUGGUUUUGAAGGAGAACUGAGGUCAGGAAAUAAACUAGAAAUAUUAGGUGGAUUGGAAGCAGUCAUUAGGUACAACAUUUUCAAAGGCAUAAAUGCCACUCUGGUAACAUUUGGAGUUGGACUAUGUAGCUUUGAUGAUUCAGAAAACUGUCUAGUGUUCGUUAACUUGUUGGAUAAUGCUGUUCUACCAAUACCUACUUGUUUACCAGAUGGAUCAUUUGUGUGGCCCAAAUUGGAUUUCAAAAAACUCUUUAUGAAAGAGGCAUUAUAUAAGCAUGUCAAAAAACAAGGAAAAUCCAUCAUCCAGGAAGUAACCUCCAAGCUAACGGAUGAAUUUUUAAAGUUGUUGAGAAUAGAAAAGGAAAAACUCAAUGAAGAUGUUCCAUUGCCUAAGCCGGAUAAAAUGACACUGGGCCAGAUUACAGCAGACCUAGUACGGAGAGGCUUAUCUACAAGUGGUUCAAGAUCAGAGCUAAAUGAACGCCUCACAAUGGAUGACUUGACAUGUGUCAACAUUACCUUGAAAAAGGCACCAGAAAGCCUAUCAGAUUUGCUGUAUUAUAAAAUUCAAAAAGACUGCUUGCGGAUUGAUGCUUGGGUUGAUAUUAAUGUUAAACUGCUGGGCUAUUCCUUCAGUAGAACUUUGUCUGCAUUCAUAGAAUUGGAUCCAUGCAGUUUUGUUGUACAAAUUGGAUUUGAAAAAUAUUUGUGGACAAAAGUUCUUUUGAAUUACAAUUGGGGAACUAAUGAACUCGCAGAAAUAAGCUCAAAUGUAAAAGUCAUGUACAGCAUUGGAAGAAAUGUUGAUGAGGGAGUGUAUAUCUUGAAGUUUGGACUGAUGAUUUGUUUGUCUUCACAAGUAGAUUGCAUUUUAGAUGAAUAUCUGUUUACAGAUCUGAAGAUUCCCAUUCCUUUGUGCAGAGACUUUGUUUUUCCAGGAAAUGGCUCAUUUGCUGGAUUGCUUGAAAAGAUUGGAGGAAAAAUGACUGAAGAGGCUUUUGAACUUGUCCUUAAAAAGUUUGAUCUAAAUGAUGUAAUAACAUCGGGAGCGUGCCCUGGUAUUCCACUCACUCCUGAAAAUUGUCCAGCUGGGUUUGAUGUUCGCAAAAAUUUACCUCAAGAGCUGAAAGAGAUGGUAACUUGUGAACAGCCUCCUAAUUGUUGGGGAAUUGAAUGUUGUCUACAACUGACCUUCAACAUACCCCUAGGAGACACCAAAAUAACCAGAAAUAUCCCAUUCUGGUUCAAGCUAGAUCCAUGUGAUUUCUCCUUAGACAUAGGCUUUGGGAAAAAAAUGCUUCUUAAAACACAUUUAUUAGAAUAUGAGUAUGGAAAGCAACACACUUUGUCACUGGGCUCAGGAAACUCUCCUCCAGUAGAAAUCAUAUAUAGGAUAGAGCAAAUUCCAGGAAACAAAGGCUUUUUUGUGGAUUUAAGAAUACUCAUUUGCUUUGACUUUGAUGUGAAAAUUACAUGUAUUCCAACAAAUGAUGGACUUCAUAUACUGAAAAAUCAGGAAAUCCCACUUUGUGAUCAGAGACAGUUGAUUGAUUUUAGCAAUUUUUCAUUGACUGAUUGGAUGAGGGAGAAGUCACUGAAUCUUAAUGAACAGUUGGCAGAGGGUGCCGUGAUGUUACUGCUGGACCAGCUCAAUUUGACUGAUUUCUUUCAAAGAUCCAAGUGUGACAGGACAAGGAUGCCAUACAUACCUUCUAUACAAGGGAUCCAUAAUAAAUGUCCAAAGACCAUUGUUUACCUGCCAUCCAAGAUUCCUGACCCAAUGUCCUGCUACAUACCAGGCUACUGUACAGGGAUAGAGUGUUGCGCUGACAUUCCUGUUCUUGGUCUUGGACUACAUGUGUUUGCUUUUUUGGACUUGGACAAACUUGAACUCCGUAUAGGAAUGGAAAACAUUAAAGAGACUAUAAAACUAAAUAACUAUGUGUGGGGAGAGGUCAAAACUUAUAGUGUGGCUGAAGGUCUUAUCAAACUAAAGUUAAGUGUGAAGCCAAUAACAAAUGAGAAUGUGUAUGUGUUCAAUGUACAUGCCUCUGUGUGUCUGAAUGGAGGACAAUGUUCAAUUGACAUCCCAAUUUUAAGGAAUACCAGGUUACCAACAAUCAGAGCCAUAAUCACUGGAGAAAGCAAGAACUUUUCAUUUACAAAUUGGCUUCAUGAGAUGAACAUAACACAGGAUAAUCUGAGAGAUAAUGCAAAGGCUCUUCUGGUUCAACAGCUCGGUAUUGACCAGUACCUGUUAGACACACCAUGUGAUUCAUCAAGAGAUUUGUAUUAUCCCAGUAGCCAUGGCUGGAAAAAUGAGUGUCCUUUGGACUGGGUGGUUUUACCCCAGAUUACCUCAGACAAAGUGAGAUGCAGCCUUUCCUCAAACUGUACAAGGAUAGACUGUUGUGUGGACUUCAGUCUCCUAAAUCUCAAACUCCAUUUCUACUUACACUUCGAUAGGUGUAAUUAUGUCAUAUCUGGAGGAAUUGAAAAGAAAACAUUCAGUUAUGGACUACUAGAUUUCAAUAGUUUUUGGGGUAGAGAAGUCUCCAUGAAUAUUGGAAAUGUUGUCUUCAUCAAAUUUAAAGCCACCCAGCUGGAAGUAUCUAAGAAAUAUGUCUUAGACAUGGGCAUUUCUGUGUGUUUAGAACCUGAUGUCUGUGAUUUAGAUAUUCCUAUAUUAAAAGAAGUCCUUAUUCCAAUUCUUAAUUGUGACCUCACCAUGGAUUUCAAUGUCAAAGAUUUUUCUCUCGUGAAGUGGAUGAAUGAACAAGGUCUUUCAUUUGAUGGAAGUUUGUCUACGGCUCUGGCUGCUGCUUUGUUUAAGAAGCUGGGAAUUGAUUCUUUCCUGAAAAAUCCAGCAUGUGAAAGGACAGAAGCACCGUACAGUGUCAACAAACAGGACAACAGUGGGUGGUCCUCAGACUGUCCAGCUAAAAUGUCUAUGCCAAAAAUAAGAGGAACAACCGCCUGCUUUAUUAAAAACACAUGUACAGCUAUCAAAUGCUGUGUGGAGGUUGGAAAAGUUAGCAGAACUUUUGAGAUUGAAUUGGAUAUUGACUUCUGUAACCAGAAACUGACAUUUGGUAUAGAGAAGCUUACAGAAACUAUUUCUCUCCAAGGAUUUGAGUAUGGAAAAAGAAAGGAGGUGGUCAUCAUGGGUGUUGUCAAGAUGUGGUACACAAUUUGGGACAAUGAAGGGGAAGGUGUUUAUGUAGUAACAGUAGAUCUAGCAAUCUGCUUUGAAGAUGGAGGUGAUUGUCUCAUCAACACAAAUAUCCUAGAUCAAUUCAAAUUGUCUAAACAGGCAUGCAUUUGGGGAACAUCAUUCUUGAGCCAAGAUUUCUCCUUGAAGCAGUUUAUGGAAGAUAGUGCCAUCACAGCAUAUGAUCAAAUAAAAGGUCUUGCUCUUGACAAACUGAAAGAGGCACUUGGUCUUCCUACUUUCUUGAAUGAUCCCCCUUGUUCAUUGGUAGGCUCUGCCUAUGUACCAAAUGUCAAUGGAAUCAAAAAAGUGUGCCAAAAGGACCUUUCUUCCCUUCCAAUGCUCCCCAGUAACAUGGCUUGCCAGAUCACAGAGUCCUGUACAGGCAUUGACUGCUGUAUUGGAGCAGAACCAAUCCAUCACAACUUCCAUGCCUACCUUGACAUAGAUUCCUGUAACUUCACCAUUAGAUUUGGUAUUGACAAAUUCCAGUUCCAGAUCUACAUGAUGGAAUAUAGUUUUGGAGUGGAAAAAGAUGUCAGACUUGUCAAUGUUGUUCGCAUUAAGUUUCAGAUUUGGGAUUUAUCAGCUGAGAACCAGUACCUUGUUAACCUGAGAUUCAGUGUUUGCUUUGAUUCCAAUUCUGCCUGUUUGCUCGAUAAAGUCAUUUUCCAUGAGAAGCGUCUGCCAAAGAAAGUGUGUGACUUUGCUGGGGCAGCAUUAAUACCAGACUUUUCACUGGAGAAAUGGAAAGAAUCUUACAGUUUAUCAACAGAGAAUCUACUGCCCACCCUGACAGAUCAGCUAAUGGAACAUCUAGGGAUAGCUGGAUACUUGAAAAGACCACAGUGUAACAUAAACGAUGUACCAAGCAGUACAGAGAGAUGGAUUGAUGAAUGUCCAAGAUCACAACUGUACAAGAAACCAAGCCUGGCAGGUCUACCAGUGUUGUGCUCCAUCUCUUCGAGAUGUACAGAGAUUCACUGCUGUAUGCAAGUAAAGCCAGUUGGAAGAAACUUUGAGACUUACCUCGAUCUUGACACAUGUAACAAAACUUUGGUUAUUGGAAUUGAGCAGUAUAGAAGAAAAAUUAGUCUUCUCAACUACACUUUUGGAACAAAGAGAAAGUUUUGGCUGCAGAAUAUUAUAAAGAUUGAAUACAGUAUUGUAGACCUUGUUGGAUAUACUAAGUACUUGGUGAACAUGAAAGUGGAAGUCUGUUUGGAGAGAAGCAAGCCAUGUAUAUUUUCCCAAGACAUUGCAAAAGAUCUGUACCUUCCAAAAAUUGAGUGUAAUUGGUCAAUAGUCUCUUCUGAAUUUUCCUUAAGUGAAUGGUACAAGAAAAUGUCCCUCUCCAUUGGGACUUUAUUAUCAGCUACCCAACUCUCCAUCUUGAAAGAAGCAUUAGGAAUAACCAACUUCUUGUUGCCAAAAGCAAAACAGUGUAACAGAAUUUCAUCUGCUUACAAACCUGAGUCUACUGACCAAGGUGGAUGGAAAACAGACUGUCCAUUUGCAAUAGGGAAUUUAACAGAGAUUACAAGUGGCUUACCCCUCAGUUGUCAUAUAAAGAGUCAGUGUACUGCUAUAGAAUGUUGUCUAGAUCUAAAAAACCCUCUACAACAAACCAUUUACUUCUUCCUUAACCUUGACCUUUGUCUACAGACACUAAAAGUGGGAAUAGAAAACUAUACAUAUGAAAGGACACUCUUCUCUUACUCUUAUGGCAGCCAAGAAUACUUCAAACUUGCAAAUUUUGUACAGAUUCUGUACCAGAUUAAUGAAGUAAAUAGGACAGUUUUGGAGUUAUCCCUAAAAAUUAAGAUCUGUCUGGAAGAACACACUUGUGUCUAUGAUGUCUUGUUACUAGACAAAGUGGUCAUUCCUAAACCAGGAUGUAGCUGGGACUUUGCUUAUACAAUUCCAGAUUUCUCACUGAAAAAUUGGUACAAUGAUAUUGGGGCAAGCAUUGGUUCUCAGUUGUCCAAACUUAGUGCUGCAGAGUUGUUGGAAGAGCUAGGAAUUGCCAAAUAUACCCGGGAGAUACAAUGUCAAAGGGCUGGCCCAGCAUAUAGUCCUCAUAUAAAUGGAUGGAAAUCAGAUUGCCAGAUGGAAGUGUUGACCAGUCCAAUCACCGACCCUGUUUCCUGUCUGAUUAAGGACACCUGCACUGCUGUCAGUUGUUGUAUGGACAUUGACUUUUUACAGAGAUCUUUUGAAACCUAUGUCACAUUGGAUGCUUGUAACCACUGGAUAUUGGUCGGCAUUGAGAAAUUGUCUUUUAACAUCAGCUUUGAUGAUAUGUCAUUUGGCACUGAGAACAAAUUUUACUUAAACAGAGUGAUUCGCAUAGACUACAAGAUAGAGGAUAUGCACAUUGAGAAACACUUUAGAGUAUCAAUGAGUGUCAAGGCUUGUUUUGAGGCCUCCGAUGACAAUCAGUGUAUCAUCAACAUUGACAUCUUCAAGAACACACUUCUACCCAAGAAAAUCUGUGACUGGACUGAAGGAUUUGCCACAGCUAAUUUCAGUCUAUCUGAGUGGUACCAAGAUCUCUCCCUACCAGAGGGUUCCAUUCUGUCACAGUUGAACAAAAACAGUCUUUUGGACAUGCUGGGCAUAAGGUCAUACCUUAACAAAGACCCCUGUUCCUUUACAUCCACAACAUACAGCCCUGCCAACAACAAAGGUUGGAAAAAUGACUGCAAGUCAGGCCUGGCUUCUAAUUUGCCAGCCUUACCAUCCACAGCCAGAUGUAACAUACCUGAUUACUGUACAGGAGUGACUUGUUGUGUGGCAGAGAAUUCUGUACUUAGGCAUCAUUUUACCGUUGGAGUCAAACUUGAUGAUUGCAACCACAUACUGACAUUUCAAAUUGAAAAACUUAAAAUUGAAAUUGCUCUGAAAGACUACAGUUUUGGUGUUGUGGAAAAGAGAUAUCUUAUGAGUGUCCUACAGUUUGAAUUCAAAAUAGAUGACAGGCCCUUGGAAAAGAGCUACAAAAUCUCAGCAAGCUUGAAGAUUUGCUAUGGAGUAGGGCCAUGCGCUUUAGACACUGUACAUUUGAUUCAGGAUUUCACCCUUCCUAAAACAUUAUGUGAAUGGGGAACUGGAUUUGUGUCAGAAUUUUCUCUGCAGUCAUGGUUGAGGGACCGGGGAUUAGACAUUAAAGCUGCUCUUUCAUCUCUAGAUACUGAAUCACUUUUUGCAUCCCUAGGAAUGUCAGAUUUUGUAAAAGAUCCACAGUGUACAAGAACAUCAGGAAACUAUCAUCCUAGUAAAGAUGGAUGGAACAAUGACUGUCCCAGUAUCCCAGUCCUUCCUGCAUUACCCAGUUCAGUGUCCUGCAACAUCCCAAACACCUGUACCAGUAUAGACUGCUGUGCUGAGAUUGCCUUCCUUGGUGGUCGCUCCAUCAAUAUACAAGUUCUCAUGGAUCCUUGUGAAGCUAUCAUGAGUCUGAAUAUUGAAAAAAUUCAGUACAACAUCACUUUGUUUGAUUAUGAUUUUGGAACAACUGACCAUUUCACAUUGCAAGGAGCUAUCAGAAUAGAUUUCAACAUACAGAACAUGGUUAUGGACAGAAAAUACUUGCUUAACCUGAAUCUGAGUGUUUGUAUGGAGACUUCUGAUCUGUCAGAUUGUGUAUACUCUGUGGUUAUAUUCCACAAUACUGUAUUACCUAAACAACUCUGUAGCAUGGAACUUGACUACCUGAAUCCAGGUUUUGACCUUUCAUCGUGGAAGACCUUACAUGGUUUUGGCUCUGUUUUGACUCGUGAGCAAGCCAAGAAUUUACUUCGGGAAGUGGGAGUUGAGGAGUAUGUAGGAGUUGGUUGUUCUAGGAGUGUUGCACCUUAUGCUCCAGAGACUCACAAUGGGUGGAAUGUUCCCACAGCAUGUAAACUGGACCCCCCUGCCUUGACCAGAAAUAUUAACUGCUACAUCAACACAUCCUGUACUGGUAUCAGCUGUUGCUUUGAGGACUCCAUCACGGGGAUGUCCUACCAGAUCUCAGUCACUGUAGACUCUUGUGGGGAAACCUUAGUCAUCACACUAGAGAAAAUGAAGUUUGUCAUUUCAUUGUUUGAUUAUCCAAUGGGAACAAAGAGUACUGCACAACUCUUUGGGAUUUUGCAGCUGGAGUAUAUGAUUAAUGAUUUACAUCUGCUGGGAGAAAUUGUGAUAGAUCUCAAAGCAAAACUUUGCUACUCUAAAAACAAGGCCUGUGAGAAUGAAAUUAUGAUAUUGCAAGAUUUCAGACUGCCAAAACCACUUUGUAAUUUUAGUGCAGGAAAAUUUGCAAUUCCAGAUUUUUCCUUAAGUAAAUGGAUGAAAGAUAUUGGAAAUUUAAGAGAAAACGUAACUCUUGAACAGUGGGCUGUUGAUCUGCUGAAAUCAAAAUUGAAGUUAUCCAACUACCUGCUGGAUCCAAUGUGUAGAAGAUCACAGUAUUUAACAGGAAAUGGCAAUUGGAACUUAAGUGCCUGUCCCACAUUAAUAUCAGUCCCACCUCUACCGAGUCAGACAUCAUGUACCCUUUCUUCCUCCUGUUCUGGUGUCAAGUGCUGCACAGAUAUAGCUCUAGUGAAUAUAGCUAUUCAGACUGAAGUCAGAGUGGACCGAUGCAGAGGAAAAGUUUUCAUUCAUUUAGAAAAAUUUGAAAUUGUUUUCAUGCUCAAGGAUUUCAAAUUUUCAUUGUGGGAAACCUAUACCAUACAGAAUGUAUUCCGAUUGGUAUAUAAAAUAGAUUACCUCUCUUCCGAAUCUGCAUUCAUAUUCAACAUCAAAUUCAGUGCUUGUUUUGAAAAUAAAGGGGACUGCAUGCUAAGCAUCCCUAUCAUGCAAGAUGUGAAAAUACCAUUUAUACCAUGUAACUUCAGUAUGCAAAACUUUGCAAUUCCAGGUUUUAGUCUGAAUGAUUACCUAAUUAGUAGAGGAAUACCAACAUCUAUCAAUUCCCUGUCGAGCAUAUUGGCAGAUCAGUUGUUGGAUUAUCUGGGUGUUGGCAGUUUUUUCGAUGACAUUCCAUGCAAUCGAUCUAAUUUUGCAAGGACAGCGUCAGGCUUUAGUAUAGAUCCAUCCUGUAUGCAGAAUGUGUCCUCCUACAUCCCAACUCUACCUGCUGAAACAAACUGUAGGAUCUCCUCAGGAUGUACUACUAUACAAUGCUGUACAGACAUCUCUCUUAUAGGAAAGACACUUAACUACACAAUAAACAUUGAUGUUUGUGCUCACUCCUUAAUAUUACAAAUAGAGACCUUCCAGUGGGAACUUUCUCUUGUGGGCUUCCAGUUUGGAAAGGAACAGAAGUUCAGCAUAGAUCAAGUCUUUUCAAUUAAAUACAAGAUUACAGAUUUGAUUGGUCAAGGCCAGUACCUCAUCGACAUAAAGCUUAGUGUGUGCUUCAGUGAUGGGUCACCUUGUCAGCUUGAAAACACCAUUGUCAGUAACUACCUUGUCUCUAAACCAGUUUGUGCUUGGUUUAAUGGGUUCAAAGUUGCAGGCUUUUCAUACUCCAAUUGGUUAUCAUUGAAUAACCUUAGUCCGUCAGAUGUUCUCUCCCAGAGCAGUGUAUCAAAGCUUAUGGAAACACUUGGGCUAACAAAAUUCUUGAAGACACAGGCCUGUAGUAUUGAGAAGGAACUCUAUAAAAACCCCUACCAAGGAUGGACUUCAGGCUGCCUUUCAGACAGAGACAUCAGUAAAUCUGUGUUGGAUCCCAGCAUUGUAACCUGCCAUUUACAGAAAUCCUGUACAGGUGUACAGUGUUGUGUCAGCAUAUCUCACACAGGCUUAUCUGUAGAGACAUUUGUAGAAAUCAGUCCAUGUGAUCAUCAACUCAGGGUGGGGAUAGAGAACUUGAAAUUCAACAAAAGUCUAUUUGGCUACAAGUUUGGACAAAAUGAGAAGUUUGAUCUAUUUGGUUUGGUAGUAGUGGAUUUUAAGAUCACUGAUCUGGGUUAUUUUGGAGAAAAUGGGAAGUACUUGGUGAAUUUAAACGUCAGUGUUUGUUUGGAAUCAGGACAACCUUGUGGGACAAUAAUUCCAGUAUUUGUCAACAGUCUACUGCCAAAGGAAUCAUGUACAAAGGGAUUGGGCUUCAUAAACAGAGCUUUCUCCUUGUCUAACUGGAAAUCCUUCCAUGGAAUAUCCUCAGGAGUCUCUUUAAAUGUUCCUCAUGUAAAACAGCUGCUCCAAGACCUUGGGGUAUCACACCUCCUGCUAGAUGAUGAUCAGAGAUGUGACUGGACUAAACCUCCAUACAGUACCGUUAACAGUAAAGGAUGGGCAGAUGAUUGUGACAGGACAACAGAGAACCUUCCAUCCCUUGGUCCCAACAUUAGAUGUGUUGUGUCAGCUUCUUGUAGUGACAUAAGGUGCUGUAUACACUCUAAUAUUCUAGGAGAGAACCUGGAGGCUUAUAUAAACCUGGACACCUGUGAUGCCAAAGUUUCUGUAGGGAUAGAGAAAUAUCACUGGACCAACAAACUUUUGGGCUACAAAUAUGGAGAAACAAAACAUGUUUCACUAUUGGGAAUGGCUAAUUUAGAUUAUGUUAUAACAGACUUGGAAACAUCCUUUGGAGUUACUAUGAAUCUAAGUGUAUGUUUUGAAUCUCAUGGAGCAUGCGAGAACUUUAUUCAGGUCUUCAAUGAGCACAAUCUCAAAAAGCCAUUAUGCAACUGGACAAGAGACUUUUUUACAAAAGAUUUCUCUCUGGACAAUUGGUUUGCAUCCAAUGGGUAUCCACUGCUUGCUGUUCUACCUUCAUAUGCUGCCUCUCAACUGCUGCAUGAUCUGGACAUCAUUCAAUACCUGGAAGAAUCUAGUUGUAUCAGGAAAGCUAUUCCCUUCUACCCUAACAAAUUCGGAUGGAAUAAUGGUUGUGACCAGUACGUGUCUCUGGGUGGAAUCCCUGCUGGAACCACAUGUCACCUUUAUGAUUUCUGUACUGGAGUCAGAUGCUGCUCAGAUAUCCCCCUGCUGGGUAGAUCUAUCAACACCUGGUUAAUAGUGAACCACUGUAACUACAAACUAAGCGUGGGCUUUGAAAAAUUCUCUCUUAAUAUCAGUCUUCAAGACUAUGAGAUGGGAAGCAAACAGAGCCUUAAUAUCAAUGGAGUUGUUAGAAUACAGUACAGUAUUGAAGACUUGUCGACAGAAGGAAGAUACCUUGUGAAUUUGAAUCUACAAAUCUGCUUUGAUGCAAAAAAAGCAUGCAUGGUUGAUGUACCUGUUUUCAAAGACAUAAAACUUCCAAAGAAACCUUGUGAAUGGAUGACAGACUUCAUUGAUGAGGCUUUUUCUUUUGAUGCUUGGAAACAAAUGAGGGGAAUCAGCACUUUUGGUCUCUCUGACAAUUUCCGAACAGAACUCUUGCAAGAUCUUGGUCUGUCUAAUUUUGUACGUGAAGAUGGUAAAAAAUGUAGCAAGACAAAUGAACCAUAUCAUGCAGGAGCUGUUGAUGACUGGAUAAAUGAGUGUAAUGGGACACUGCUAGCUCCCCUCCCAUCUCUUGCUGGUGAAAAUAUCAUAUGUUACAUCCCCAGCUCAUGUGCAGCUGUACAGUGCUGUAUCAAUGUUCCCAUCAUAAGCACCACAUUUCAUGCAAGACUGGAAGUAGAUCCUUGUAAUUUUUUAAUGACCGUUGAAAUAGAACAACUGAAAUUCACCAAGAACCUAUUUGGCCAUGAGUGGGGACAAGAGGAACAAGUAUGGCUCUUUGGUGUGGUCAGAAUGAUAUUCAGCGUGUUUGAUUUAUAUACUGAAGGAUACUUUUUAGUAAAUCUGAGAUUUGAAGUUUGUUUGGAAGCCACAAAAGUACCAGUUUGUGAAGUUGCUAUUCAGCCUUUAAAAGACUACUAUCUACCAAAAAAAGAUUGUCAUUGGAAUGCACCUUUUACCAUUAAAGGAUUUUCACUGACUGCGUGGCAGCUAGCGGAAGGUUUUGCCAACACAGUGCCCAUAGAUAGUAGUGUGGUUGAUAGUCUUCUCUCUUAUUUGAAUGUAGCAGCACUUAUGUACUAUCCAUCCUGUUCAAGGACAGACGACGAGUAUUCUAGUGCUGGCACAAACUUCCAAACAUACUGCCCUGUUUCAGUGCCGACAUAUGUCUCAUCCAUUGCUGAUCAAGCUCUGUGCAGUGUUACCUCAUCUUGUACCAACAUAAAAUGCUGUGUCAAUGUCCCACUGCUAAACAGGACAUUUGAGGUAGCAAUGGAACUGGACUACUCCUAUUACUCAUUGAAAUUGAAUGUGGAAAAAAUGACAAGGAGACAGUCUCUUAUUGGGUACACAUUUGGAAGAGAAGAGACACUGAGUAUACAUGGAGUCUUUAAACUGACAUAUAAGAUAAUUGAUUUGGUGGAUGGAAAUCUUUUGGAUAUAAGUUUAAGGGCAGAAGCUUGCUUUAAUGAUGGUGGAACAUGUGCUGUCAGUAUUCCUAUCUUAACUAAUGCUCUGAUACCAAAGCUGAACAGGAAGUGGUCAUCCCCAUAUACUGUCAAAGAUUUUUCAUUGAGUCAUUGGAGAAAUGAAAAUUUACUAACUGGAACUUUAAAGCAACCUCAGAUAAGUGAACUCUUGGAGAUGCUGAAUCUACAACCAUUCAUGAAAAGCCAUUCAGAUUCCUGCAGAAGACACAAAUCUCUGUAUAGCAAUGCAAGUUCUGAUGGAUGGAAUAAUGACUGCCCUUAUGUGAACAACUUAACUUCAUUGAUUACUUAUCCCAUGACUUGUAACCUUGACAACACCUGUACCAAGGUCACCUGUUGUGUUGACUCACCUGUAAUCAACUCUACAUUUGAGGUUUUCAUGAACAUAGAUCCUUGUAAAAGAAUGCUGUUCCUCAGGAUUGAAAACUUGAAGGCUCAAAUUCCUUUUAAAGAUGUUAACUGGGGAUCAAAGAACCAUUUCUACCUCUUUAAAGUGAUUCGUGUGGAUUAUAUUAUAUAUGACUUAUACACUCAGAAUAUGUUUCUGGUUGACUUUCAACUCUCCAUCUGUUGGGAAACUUACAAGGAUUGUGCUUUUACUGCUGCAAUAUUCAAAAACACUUUCUUACAUAAAAAACACUGCGUUGGGAAACUUAACAUUGAAAUUCCAUCCUUUUCUCUGACAUCUUAUGGUGUAACUCAUGGACUGGACUUGGAUGCUCUCUCGGAGGCUGAAUUGGCAUAUCUCUAUAAUAACCUUGGUAUAUCCAGUUACCUGUCAACUGUCAUGUGUAACAGGACAAGUGAAUUAUACCAACCUGCAAAAGAUGGUUGGAAACAUGGAUCUUAUACAGGGUAUUUAAUAAUUCCAGAAUGCCCAGCAGCUGCAAUCCUUGCUCAACUGCCUAAUGAAGUGAAUUGUCUCAUGACUUCGAGCUGCACCGGCAUUAGCUGCUGUAUGGAAGUGACUAAGUUGAUGUCCCGUCCUGUGACCUUUCACCUUUCUGUGGACAGUUGCAGUUGGAUGAUUGGUUAUGGAAUUGACAGCUUUAUUGUAAAUCCUUUUGUCAUGUAUGAUUUUAAAUUUGAUGUUUGGCAUGAGUUCUGGAUGAAAGGAAUAUUUCGUAUGAGAUUCUUGGUCACCAAUUUACAAGGAAUAAAUCAGUUCAGAAUAAGUCUAUCCAUUAUGGCUUGUUUUGAGAGUGGGGCUGCAUGUGAUCAAGAGGUUAUCAUACUCAACAAUACAAUUUUGCCCAAAGGAUACUGUGAAAAAGCUCUUGGGGCAUAUGUUAAAGAUUUUUCAUUUGGACAAUGGAAAGCAGACAAGAAGGUAACAACAAUGGAUGAUUACAGUAUAGCUAUCCUAGAGGAGGAACUACAACUUUUUGGUUAUUUGUACGACAGAACACAAGCCUGUGAUAAAUCUACCAAAUUUUCGUCUUCAUCAGGAUGGUCUAAUGAUUGCCCAACAACUUUGAUGUCAACUCUUCCGUACAUUAAUGGUCCAUUUUCAUGUAAUCUUGGACCGUCCUGUUCUGAUAUCACCUGCUGUGUGAAUGCCGAGCCAAUCUCGAGACACCUAAGAGUCACACUAAAUUUAGAGUUCUGUCUGGACAAAAUUACAGUUGCUUUUGAAAAAUUUGUGCUAGAAAUGAAAGUCAGCAAAUUGGUCUCCUCAGGAAAAGAAGAAUCUCUGAAUAUAAGUGGAAUUUACCAGUUAAAAAUAAUUGUGGAAGAUCUUCCAAACUCCAAUAUGUACAUAGUCAGUUUCUCCAUCUUGGCAUGCUGGGAGGGAAUUCAUUCAUGUGAGAUGUACAGAAUUCUCGAUAAGACCAGACUUCCUAAGUCUCUAACUCAGCCAUACUGUAACUGGAAGAGGGAAUAUGUGGACUCAGAUUUUGAUUUGACAUCCUGGUUAUCAGCUAAAGGAUACCCCGAUACUUCCCCAUUGACUGGUGUACCAUUACAGGAUCUAAUGGAACGUCUAAAGCUAAACAGACUCAAGGGAGAAAACUGUGACAAUUCUUCAGCUCCUUACAUGCCUCAGAAAAUCAAUGGAUGGAACUAUACUUGUGCCAGUCCCCCAGAUUUAAUGCCUCUGCCCAGCACACUGACCUGUCACCUGCCUAGUUCCUGUACAGGACUGGACUGUUGUGUGUCCAGCACUAAGUUAGGACAGAGCUUCAGGACAUACUUAGACAUUGAUCCAUGCACAUCCAGAAUAACUGUGGGUAUUGAUAACUGGAGAUUUACAGAACUUUCAAAGGAAUCCAUCAAGAUGCUUGACAGUGAAUUCCAAAGAAGGAUUUGGAUGAAUGGAGUUGUAAGAAUGGACAUUCAUUUGAAGGACUUGUGGUAUACCAACAAUUUUUUAGUCAAUUUGAAUGUAAGCAUUUGUCUUGACAACCAAAGGCCAUGUGAAAUAGCUAAUCAGACAGUCUUCAAAAACGCCUUGCUUUCAAAGACAAAAUGUGAUUGGAUCCAAAAUUUACCAAGUGGAUUUUCACUGUCAUCUUGGAAGAUGAACAACUCUCUUGGUCCUCAUGAGGCACUCUCAGACAUUAUGAGGAACAGACUUGAUGAGUAUUUGGAAAUGCCAGGCUACAGAAAACAAAUAAAGUGCAGCAGAAAGAGUUCACAGUACUGGCCAACAUUCAAUGGAUGGAAAGAUGACUGCAGAUUAUCAGGACUUCCUUACAACAUGGAGAAGAAGACAUACUGUCAGCUUCACUCCAGCUGUACCUCCAUUACCUGCUGUACAGAUGACGUAGUUCUACAGACCACUGUCUCCUGGUCCAUACACAUAGACUCCUGUAAUCUAAAACUGAGUGUGGGGAUAGAGGAGUGGAAAGCAGACUUCUCACUGAUUGACUUCAACUUUGGAGAGAACAAGAUAUUUCAACUAGGUGGAGUAUACAGGAUAAGCUACACUCUGUUUGACCUGCCUUUUGACUUGCACUACAUGCUGAGUGCAAAUAUCAGCAUAUGCUAUGAACCAGAUUACUGUAUGCUGACAGAGAGUAUACUUAGAGACAUGAUGCUACCCAAACCAAGAUGUGACUUCAGAACUGCUAACUAUGAUAUACCAGGAUUUUCAUUGACAUCAUGGGUGACAGACAGAAGAUUCACAGAAUCCUCAUUACCCCAACAUGGUCUUACUGAAUUAUAUGAAGAUCUUGGACUGGCAAUGUUUUUAAGGGAAAACUCCUGUAGUGGAAGUACAAACUUCAGCUCUUUGGCAAGUGGAUGGACAAAUGACUGUCCAAUCAACAUUACAACUAAAGAUCUACCACCAGAACUGGCUUGCUACAUUCCCAACACCUGUACUGCAGUAUAUUGUUGUGUAAAUUCCAGUAAUCCAUUCCAGAGAUCGUUCUCAGCCUUCCUAGAUUUUGAUCCAUGUGAAAACAGAUUUCUGAUUGGCAUAGAGAACUUCAUUCAUAGCUUUUCAGUUUAUGAUAUUUCAUUUGGUCAGGAGAAUUUCUACUAUCUAAAGAAUAUUAUCAAAAUGAGGUAUAGAGUUUAUGACUUGAAAGCAGAGAGAAAAUACCAAAUCACUCUACGAAUAAGCUUUUGUUUAGAGUCCACUGGUGUCUGUAGGUUUGAGAGUAUGGUGUUCCAAAAUGCCUUACUUCCUAAAAAAGUUUGUCAACUUUACUCUGGAUUUGCAAUUACCAACUUUUCAUUGAACCAGUGGAAAUCUGACAAGCACAUAAUCACUCUGUCUGAACGGGAUAGCUAUUUGCUUCAAGAAGACCUGUUGAUUUCUCAGUACUUGACAUACCCUUGUUCCAGAGAAUCGGAGGACUAUACCCCUCAUACCAAUUACUGGAAAGAUGUCUGUGGAAUGAUUCAUGGCAUUACCCAGUUUACAGCCUCAGACAAAAUCAGCUGUUACCUGGCUUCUAACUGUACCGCAGUCACCUGCUGUAUGUUUGAUAAUGUGUUGUCAAGAAAUAUAGAAGUCAUACUGAAAAUUGAUUCCUGUAGAUUCACCAUGCGAAUAGAGAUUGAAAAACUUCAUUUUGACAUCAGUUUGUUAGCCAUCAAAUGGGGAGAGGAGAUGAGGAUGGACAUGUAUGGCAUUUAUUUAAUAAGGAUGGUAAUGCAGAAUUUCUAUUAUGAACACAAGUAUCUAUUAAGUAUGAACAUUAGUCAGUGCUACAAGCCAAAGAACUGUGAUGUCCAACAUGUUCUUUUCCAAAAUUCAUUGAUACCAAAAGCUGUCUGCGAUUGGUCGAUGGAUUAUCAAAUUAAAGGGUUUUCACUACACAGUUGGAAGUUAAAGAGAGGUUUGAUCUCAAGUGAUAUAGAAGAUCCUUACAUACCUCAGCUGAUGGAAGAACUUGGUAUUGCAUCAUACACCAAUAUACCAAUGUGUGUAAUAUCACCUGGCAAUUCAUUUGGAAGAGUCAAUGGAUGGAAAACAGGCUGUGCAAUGAAUGUCAGCUUACCAACCCUGGAUUCCAACAUAAACUGUGACCUGCUGUCCACCUGUACAGGGGUGAGAUGUUGUGUACACGCUUCACUUCUGAAGAGAAACUAUGAAGUCUACUUCCACAUUGACCACUGUACCAGUAGUCUUAGCAUACAGAUAGAACAAGUCUUUCACAACCAAACUCUUGAUGGAUUUCGUUGGGGUAAUGCACAUGAAUUCAAGCUACUAGGAGUUUACAGAAUCAGGUACAUUGUGUAUGAUCUGCCAGAGAAAGAUGUAUAUCUACUUUCACUGGAUGUAAUGGACUGCUAUGAAUCUAUCAAUCCUCAGUGCAGUACAACAGCAACCUUUACUGUGUUUAACAAGGCAGCCAUUCCUAAAGCUCAGUGUUCCUGGGAUCAGAGUUACAGAAUUCAAAACUUUUCUCUCAAGUCAUGGCUAAUUGAGAAUAAACUGAGAAAUGCCACGGACCUGAUCACAAAUGAAUACAAACUUGCUAAACUCUUGGAUGAGCUUGCAUUGUCACAGUACUUUGAAACAUCCUUAUGUCAGUUUACAAGCCAGACAUCAAGUUUUGGAUGGACAUCUUCAUGUACCAAAUCUGUAUCCAGGCCAAGCAUUCCUGAAGGUCUUUGUCAUUUGUCAGAAGAUUGUACUUCAACAGAGUGCUGUUUCAAUGUUGACUUUUUACAUCGAAGCUUCAGAGUUUUUCUAACCAUUGAUCCAUGUAAUGCAAUCCUGCAUGUAGGAAUAGAGAAACUGAAAAGAGAAAUUUCACUUGUUGAUUAUCCAUUUGGGAAACUUGAACAUCUCUGGCUUGGAGGAGUUGUUAGAUUAGAUUUUACGUUGAAGGACCUUUAUGGAGAACGCCUUUAUCUUGUGAACAUGAAUGUUAGCCUCUGCUUUGAGUCUGCUGGGGAAUGCUUCAAAAGCAUUGCAGUGUAUAAGGAAACGCUUCUACCCAAACGGAUCUGUCCAUGGAAUGAGACUUUAGGUUUCUCACUGAGUGCAUGGAAGAAACAACACAGUGUUCCAUUUGGAAUUCCUCUGAAUACCUGGACAAAAGCUCUACUGCUGGAACAUUUAGACAUUGCACAAUACAGAGAGUCCAAUGAAUGCAAGAGGGGAAAUGGAUAUUAUACUUUCACCAACUAUGGCUUUGUAGACACAGGAUUUAAUCUAAAUGCUUCAAGCAUUCCUCAAUUGUGUCAGUUGGCUGUAGAUCUAGAAAACAACCCAUUGACAAUAGAUUCAGCCAGACAAGUCACCUGUUAUGUACCUAGCCUCUGUACUGCUGUGGACUGUUGUGUAGAUGUCUCCUCACUGGACAUGUCAUUCCAUACUUAUAUAUCCAUCGACCCCUGUCAGUAUAUGCUCAAAAUUGGAAUAGAGAAGUACAGCUUUCAGAGGUCUCUUGACCAAAUGAGUUUUGGUCAAGAAGAAGUAUUUACUUUAGCUGGGAUUGUAAAGAUGAUUUUCAAAAUAAAGGACUUGCCAGCAGAGAAGUUGUAUGUGAUGACUGUGAAGCUGAGUGUUUGUACAGAGGCCUCAGGAUGUGAAGCCAACCAUACAAUAUUUAACAACAUGCUGCUCCCUAAACAACCAUGUCAAUGGAAUGAGGGAUUUGUAAACUUGAAUUUCUCUGGCUCUGCCUGGAUGACUAACAAUGGCUACACCACUCCCCUGUCUGACUCCCAAUCUGCUGAGCUCAUGAAGGAGAUGAGGGCUGCUCGAUAUUUACUGGCUGACUCAUGUUACCUAGAAUCUUCAGUCAGUGGAUGGAAUAACUACUGUAGCAAAGAUGUUACAUUAACUAAUUUAACUGGAAGUUCGGUGAAUUGCCACAUUUCCUACCUCUGUAAUGAGAUACAGUGUUGUGUGAGAGCCGAGAGCAUCAGAAGGAGUUUCCAAGCAGAAGUCAGUCUUGAUCCCUGUUCCCAGAUUAUGCUUAUCAAACUAGAGAGGCUGACCAUCAAAGUUGACCUACUGGAAUUCAAGUUUGGUACAAGGCAUCACUACAAUUUAGUAGGACUACUUAGAGCAGAUUUGAAACUGUAUGAUUUGCAAAACCAGAGGAAGUAUAUGAUAGAUCUGAAAAUAAGCGUGUGUUUUGAAAGCAGUCGAACUUGUGAUUUCAUUUCAACCAUACUGGACAAUUCCCUACUGCCAAAAACAGAAUGUGAUUGGUCAUCAGGACUGCAAGGAUUUUCAUUGGAAAGUUGGCUUCUAACAAAAGGUGAAAAUUUGGGAGAUGUCUCUUUACCUCAACAUGUACAGUACAUGUUGCUGGAGGAGAGAGGUAUAGCUAACAUGAUGAAGGAAACACCCUGUAGUAGAACUGGUGACACCAUGUAUAACUCAUCCACUCCAGUGAACGGAUGGGUGACAGGCUGUAUUUCAUCAACAUCAAACUUGACAAUGUUACCAUCUGAAAUAACAUGUUAUUAUCAUGGCUCCUGUUCCGCAGUCAGCUGUUGUAUGGAUAUUGUGAAGUUUGACAACAGGUCUAUAGAAGUGUCCAUUAUCUUUGAUGAGUGUGCCAACUUCCUAAAACUGACUAUAGAGAGGAUAUCUAAUACAAUCUAUUUGCACAAUUUUUCCUAUGGAAUGGAACAGAAAAUGACCUUGAAAGGCAUUUUUGAACUCAAAUACACAAUAAGACAGAAUAUGUUAUCCCAGAAGUACGAGUUUAAGAUUGAUAUAUCUGCAUGCUAUGAACCGUUAUACUGUGACCAAGUUGUAACCAUUCUAAACCAGACAUCGUUUGACAUGAAGAAUUGCACGUACCAGGAGGGAUUUCUGAAUUCCAGCUUUUCCCUCAAUGCUUGGCUUGCCUCCCGAGCUAUACCCAGUGUAGAUGACAUGACUGUACCCCAAGCCAGUGAACUCCUGACAGAACUUGGACUGGACCAUUUCCUGGAUUCUACGGACAGAUGCUCUCUGCAUGACACAGUGUAUGGAGCAGCAGAAGGGAAUGGCUGGAAUAAUGAAUGUGAAAAAAAUCCAAACCAUACAUUACCAACCAUCGCUAACAAAGAUGAAAUCCUCUGUCAUAUCCCCUCAACAUGUGACAGAAUGUCUUGUUGUGUCUAUAUUGCUCCUAUUCAAAGACACGUAGAAAUGGAACUAAUACUUAACACGUGCAGCUAUCAACUGGAGGCUAUGCUUGAUAAUGUCAGAAUCACUCGUAACUUGUUCAAAUACACUUGGGGUACCAUGGAAAAAAUUGGAAUUCAUGGAGUUGUAAGAUUUGAGUUUCAUGUUACAAGUGUGGUAAGUGAGAGGAAAAUGAGAACUGAUGGCAAUAUCAAGUUAUGUUUUGAACAAAGCAACUGUACUGAAAUGCUGAUCUUUCAUGACUUGCCCAUCAGUCACAGUGUCUGUAACGUAAGCAGUGGUGAAACAGCAAUACAAGGUAUCAGCUUUGACUUUUGGAGGCAAACAGAAUGUGAAACUAUUCAUUUUGAUCCAACAGCAUGUAAUGCAACACAGAUAGAGGGUAUUCCUUUAGAGAUACAGAAAUACUGCUCCUAUCUACCAGACUGUAGUGGAUUAGAAUGCUGCUUUGAAAAUGAAUUUGAUCUUGGUAACAGAAGUAUCUACUUUAUGGUAAGGCUGGACUGUAACCACUUGGAAUUCCAGGUAGAGAACAAAAAAGUGCAGAAAUCCUUGACAGCCCAUUCUGAUGGUAUGGAAUACAGAGAACCUAUUGGAAAUCCAACUGCAUUUCAAGUUAACUACACAAUUUACAACCACAGUACAAAUUAUGGUGUUGGAGUGGUUUUCUUAGUAAGAGAAUCCAAACCAGCAUCUGCAGGAAUUGUCAUUUAUAAUGUCAUGCUUUCAAACACUACCCGAGUAAUUCCACAAGGAUGCGGUACUGUCAGAAGAAGAAGGAAAAGGCGAUCUGUUGAUAUGUCACAAUUAGACACAGAAAAGUUAACAGACGGAAUAAGGGCUCUCCUUGAAAGUAAUGCACCUAACUACAAGUUUGAGGAAUUUUGGCAAAAAAUAAUUGAGAAUAAUAAACUUGAAAAGGCAAAGAAUCUGGCUGCUACGCUUCUUUCCAGUGAGGAUGUUACUACAGGUAUUAAGUCUCAGAUUCAGGCUUUGGGAUCUGGUAAUCCAUUCACCAUUAAAACAACAGAAGAUAAUGCUCCAUCUGUUACUGUGCAAGGAGGUGCUGCCAUUGCUGCUGUUUUUAUGACUCUCAGUUCAAUACCUGGUAGAAGUCACCAGUCAUACAUUGUUGGCAGUGGAGUAACACAGUAUGGAGCUAAACUACUUGGAAACAAGCUGGCUUGCAUGACUAUUGGAGACUUGGAAUCUCUAUUACGCUUGAAAAACAUAGAUCCUUUAAAGGUUGCAUUACUUCUUAAAGACAUGCAGGAUUUGUCAAAAGCUCUGUACUCUGAGUUUAUCAGCAAGUUGUUCACAGAUGGAGCCAGUAUAUUUAAAAACUUUGAAUUGGAACUGAAGGGAGAUUUCAGCUUCCCUAGACUACAUGGAUCUUUUUUCUCUUUUUCAAAAACAUUUCUUAUUGGAGGAUUUAUUGCCGUAAAUUUUGGAUUUGGAGUAGAUUUCUAUUUUGGUGUAAAGUUUUCUGUUGGUGCAAAGAUCCUGGAAAUGAAAGGAGUAGUGAAAGCUGAGCCUUACGGGGGCUUGAUGGUCUGGGGAGAAUUAGGAUUUGGAUAUUUACUGUAUGCCAAACUAAGGCUUGAAGGUCACAUAAUGGACACUGGAUUCCCAAUUAUUGCAGAAGUUGCUUUCCUUAAAUUUCCAAUAGAUGUUACGCUUACAAUGUAUUUGAGACUUACUCCACUUAAACUACGACUGUAUGCACUGGUAACUUUGGAAGUGGACUUGUGGGUUUAUACAUUGAAAGUGACCUUAUUCAAAGCAAAACUUUGGCAGUAUGAAACUCCAUCAAUCAGGCUGAAACUCAUUGACAACAAAAAAGAUGAGAAGGACAACACACCACCCAAACUUGAAAGUUUUGGAGGAACGACUCCCUCAGGAUCCUGUGGAGUUGAACAGGUUGCAGGUCGUGAUCACACAGAACCAGAGUUUACCAUCAAUGUUAUGGCAGAGGAUGACAAAAGUAAUGUUAAUCUACACCUAGACAUUGGAACAGUACCAGGGGGCUCUGAUGUUAUGUCCAGAAAACAACUUGGAGGGUUUUCCACUGCUUUGAGUGAUGUUUUAAGUCCAGCUGGAGUUCCUUUAUACUUCACUGUCCAUGUGUCCAAUGAGGCAGGAGUAAGUGUUCCAGCCUCCUGUAAACUAGACACGUACGACAUGACGAUACCAGGAGGGAGGAUGGCAGAGGCCUUUACAUCCAUCAGUAAUCCCAGUGUUCUGAAGGCAGUAGUCACAGUGUAUGAAGACUCACCCCUCAAAGAGACCAAAGUAGCUGUUGGGUAUGGCAAGAACAUUUGGGGAGAACAAAUCAUCAGAUGGACAACUGUCUCAUUAGCUGCAAAUACAAUUAAUUAUGAUGUUGGUCAUGAUCCUUUGAAUCAGAAAGUGAUUGAAUUGUUCUCAUCUGGAAAGACUGGGAGACUUGUGGGAAGGGGCAUCAAAGCAAACCAGUUCAACGGGAUAACAACUAAAGAGGAAUGUGCAGAGAGGUGCAAUGAGAUGCAUGUAACAAAAUGCUUGAGUUUUAAUUAUGAUUAUGGAACUUCUGGACAUUGUGAACUUCUGGAGGCCAUUGAAGGACAUGAUCACAAAAUAUCACGCGAUGGGUAUUACAUGCACUUUGAGAAGCUUGGAGUAGGUUCCAAUAAAGGAUUUGUGUAUGAAAAUGUCCAGUUACCUCACAAUCAAAUCAUCCACUUCAACUUUCAUGCUGUGAACCGUCUUGGAUUUGAGAACAUACUGUCAUCCAAACCUAUCAAAACAGAUUAUACACCUCCAGAUCCAACAUCGUGGCAGAUAAACAUAACCAGUGAUAAGCUAGAAACCAUAAAAUGUGAGGAUGUCAUUCCCGAUGACAGAGAUGAUUGGGAAGAGAGAUUCUGUGAAGGAGUGAACCAAAAGACAAAAAAUCACCGAAUUGUCAUUGAUCGGGAGAGGUCUGACACUGUCUAUAAUGGCCAUACUUAUAAAAAUGACCUCAAGUAUACCAGGGCUAAUAGAUAUAUAUCUGCAAACUGGGAUGGUAUCUAUGACAAUGAGACAGGAAUUCUGGGAUACUCAGUGACAGCUGGGGAGUCAAUAUGUGAGGAGAAAAUAAAGCAACAUCAUGAUCCACAUGCUCACCUGUUUGACCGGUCACAGUGGACUCAUACUGUCAUGAUGUCCCCUCUAGAGGAACCAUACACUGUUUUACCAGAUGGACCCUACUAUGUCACUGUAAGAGCCAUAAACAACAUUGAGUAUGGUGGAGCAUUGUGUACAAGUUUCUGUCACUCAGCACCUUACAUUGUGGACAACAGUCCACCCUUGGUUUAUGAAGUAUAUAAUGUCCGCUACGACGAGGAUAAGUUCAACCUCUCACUGAAUCAUAAUUCAUCUGAUCCAAAUUCUGGUGUGAUUAGAAAUGACCUGUGUCUGGGUAGGACUACACGAGACUGUGAUGAACUGAUGUGGUUUCCCAUGGAAUACAAUCAAAAUCUUACCUACCUCCAUAAAGUUACAGAAGGUGUUCCCAUUUGGAUUAAAGUCAAAGUUGUGAAUAAUGUGGACCUGAGAACAAUUGGUAUAUGUGAUUCCCCUCUCAUAGUGGACAGGUCUCCCCCUGUGGCUGGUGUGGUCAAUGAUGGAGAAAUACCUGGAAUAGAUCUUAGUUACACCAAAUACAAGGAGAAGAUUUGCAGCAACUGGCAGAAUUUCUAUGAUCCUCAAUCGGGAAUUGCUAUGUACAUGGUGGGUGUUGGAUCUUCUCCUAAUGAAACAGAUGUUGCAAACUUUACUCAGUUCUCCAGCAGAUCUCAUGCUGCUUGUGUAGAGUUAAACCCAGAGAAAUACCUACAGCACAACCAGAAAUACUUCACUACUGUGUUUGCCUACAAUGGAGGGCACAUACAACAGAAUGUGUCGGCCAUCUCAAAUGGGGUUUUAGUUGACCUUACAAAACCAGUUCCUGGACAAGUUGUGGAUGGGAACUCAGCAAAUUUUACGGACCUGAUAUACACAACAAGCCAAGCUAAAGUUGAUUUACAGUGGAAAAACUUCUAUGAUCCAGAGUCUAACAUAAGUCAUUAUGAUGUAAAAGUUUUCAGAGCUAAAAAUAUGAGUCACGACUUUGAAGAAAUCAGAGACUGGACUAAGUUUGAUGCUUCAACAAACAGUGUAAAAUGGCUGAAUUUCCACAAUCGUCAUAAAGACAGAAUAAAAACAUCCCUCAGAACCACUAACAAAGCCUUAAAUGAUAUUGUGAACAGCACAGAUGGAUUCAUUGUUGACCUGACUCCACCAGAGCUUCAUUAUUUGCGAGAUGGAACAGAAAGCAAAGACAGAGAGUUCCAGUCUGAAACAGAUCAACUGUCCGCUUCAUUCAAAUACUCUGAUAAGGAGUCAGGGGUGGAUCAUAUAAAGCUUAGAAUUUAUGAAGUGUAUCAUGGCACCAGAACACAGAAAUACCCAGUGGUAAAGAAUGAAUGGAAAGACCUGCCUGAUGGAAAUCUGACCAGUCACACUUGGACAGGCCUCACACUGAGGAAUGGAGCACGAUACACUAUGAGAGUGGGAGCCAUCAACCAUGCUGGAUUCUUAGCCUCCUUUGAGACAAAUGGCAUAGUCAUAGACACUUCACCACCAAUAAUUCUUUGGUUGAAAAUUGGUGUGACUGGAAAAAUGAAGGAGCAAAAGAUAGAAGGUCAUAUCUGGCAGGCUGAUAGAAAAGGAAUUAGGGCUUCCUGGUUGUGUAGAGACCCAGAAUCUGGAAUUUUAGACUACGAAGUGGCCGUUGGAACCACCCUAGGAGGGACCGAAAAGUUGUUCUGGAAGUCUGUGGGGACAGAGAGUAGUCAGUAUAUCAGUGGACUUAAUCUAGAAUUGACUAAUCAGACCACAAGAUCUCCUGUGUACUAUGUAUCACUGAGGGCCAGGAAUGGAGCUGGGCUUAAUUCACCACCUGAAGCGUCCACUCCCAUUAUUGUAGUUGAGGAGGACAAAGCUGGAAUAGUUGUGGAUGGCCCUGAUAAUGUGGAUCAGACGGUGAUAAAGAAACAAGCUGUCAACAUCACAUCAGACAUUGACUACCAGCUGGACUCCUCCACUGUCUCUGUACAAUUUACUGGAUUUGAGAGUGCUCUUCAUGGAGUCAUGCAUUUCGAGGUAGCAGUUGGUACUGAACCCAGUGGAGAUGAUGUGCUCCCAUUCACAGCAGCCAAUAUUAUUCAUAUGGAGAAAACAGAUAUUGCUGGGCAUGGUUUAUCAAGUUCAGGCUAUGUUCAAGUAAAUUUACCUUUGGAAGCCAAUAAAACCUACUUUUCAACUGUCCGAGGCAUCACAAAUGGAGGAAAUGUGUUGGAGACAAGUUCAGAUGGAUUUACUGUGGACCAGUCCCCACCAACUAUUGGCAUUGACAGGUGUGUUUUAGAAAAAGAUCAAGCAACGUAUUUAGAUGUUUCUGACAGAGUGCUGAUUUACGAGCAAACAGAAGAUGCCUUAUCAGCAUUGUGGCAUUACAAUGACACAGAGUCCCACAUUGUGAGGGCUUGGUACUCUGUAGGCACCUUCCCAUUUGGUCAGGACAUUGCAGAGAGAAAAGAAGUAACGGUAUCUUCAACAUUAUCAAGCUUCCUUGCAAAUAAUGAAGUUACACCCGAUGUAACAGGGAAACCUAACAUAGUCAGUGUUUGGGCAGAAAACUCAGUAGGUCUCGUCAGCAAAAGCGGAACAGGAACAAUAUUGAUAGAUGAGACAGCACCACAGAUUGGAACUGUCAACUGUCCAUCCUUUAUACAGGCAUCUGUUCCUAUAGUGUGUACAUGGACAGACUUUGUGGAUGCAGAGUCACCAAUCAAGGAAUACAGGAUUAUGAUGGGUCAUUCUAAGGGAGACAACUCGGUAUUUUCUGGUGGUGUAGUGCCUGGGUACAUUCAAACCUUUACUAUUCAAGGCAUUGAGGAAAAGAUGCAGCAUGGUGCCAAGUAUUAUGUGACUGUUUCAGCAGUGAACACAGUUGACAUGACUGAAAAUGCUUUCUCUGAUCCUAUUGGGGUGGAUCUAACUCCUCCCCAGAAAGGAAUGGUGGUAGACCUUCAUUCUGUAUACAGAAUUGAUGCUACCAGCAAUGAAAACACUGUGACAUUGAAUGCAAGGAUCUGUCUGACAAAAGAUGAAUGUAAGACCUUGGAUGCAGUCUGUACAGAGUCUUUGACUUCUCUAUCUGUCACCUGGAUUCCAUUCACUGACCCAGAGUCUGCUAUUGUGGAGUAUCAAGUAGCAGUUGGAAUUACCCCUGGAGGAGGCCAGGUCAAAGCGUUCUACAGAAUUCCACCGGACAGCAAACAUCAUACUGUGACAGGACUCAAUCUGGAUGGAUACAGACAGCUCUUUGUAUCAGUAAAAGGGAUUAAUGGAGCUGGAUUGAGCAGUGUUUCUACAUCUAACGGGGUCUAUAUAUCUUACCUGAGUCAAGGAAAACCACCUCUGUCUCAUAUUGGAGUUAUGGACAUGACUGAUGGAGAAGCUGUAGAUAUAGAUUUUCAGACAAGUCCCAAUACAAUACAGGCAGGCUGGGAUAUGUCAGGUGACCCCUGUCCAGUUGUGAAAUAUGAGUGGGCCAUCAAAAGAAUCGAUGGACUCGAAGUUUCCAGUUUCUUGGAUAUGGGAUUGAAAACAUUUGGACUGAAUGAUGGAUUGUUCAUGAAGAACUUGGAAACCUACAUAAACUUAGUGAGGGUCACAAAUGCCAUAGGAUUUCAGUACACAAUGCGAUCUAAUGGAGUAACAAUCCAAGAAACUCCACUGCUGCCAGGCAAAGUGUAUGAUGGAGACAUUGAUGGCUAUGACCUGAAUUAUCAACCAACAAAAUCUACCGUGUCAGCUAAUUGGAAUGGUUUUGGACUACCCACAAAUGCUGUAAUUCAGGUUGAUAUAGAAAGUGGCAAUCCAGGAAUACAAAUAGACAAGAACAAGCUUGAGGCACAAGAUGGAAGCCAACAGGUGGCUUACUACUUAGUGGCACUGGGAACUGACCGCCGCUUCAACAAGACUAGAGACAAUGUGGUACCAUACACUAAUGUGGGGACCAACACCUCAGUGACCUUCUAUGACCUUGACCUGACUCCUGGCAUUGCUGUGUACUACUUCUCUGUAUAUGCUAUCAGUAAAUCUUUUUCCAGAACAUUGGUGACAUCCAAUGGGUUUUAUGUGGGAUAUGAUGGUGGAGUAACAGUGGGAACAAUAUUAAGUCCUGGUGCUUGUGUCCCCAGUGCAUCUGAAGUUGAAGUACAGUAUGAAGGGUUUACUUCCAAACUUGGUAUCUUGAUGUACUAUAUAGCCAUUUCAAAUCAUACAGAGGCUAAUUCAACCAACUGUAAAGAAUAUAUUGAUGGUGGCAAUGUACCAGAGCAGGAGAGAAAGGCUUUGUUUUCCAUUUUGGAUGUGACAAAUCAGGGACAGGACACAUACACCAAAGUUACUGGACUGGGUCUGGAACAUGGGAAAACCUAUUAUAUUUGUGUCAUGGGUACUGAUAAGUCUGGAUCUUGUGAAAUGACCUACUCAGAGUUUCUGGUAGAUAUCACUGCUCCAGAAAUGGGAAGCAUUAGAACUGGACCGUGGUAUGAUAUGAGUGUAGCCUAUUCUACAGACAACAGUAGUAUAAAUGUAACAUGGAAAGAUUUCAAGGAUCUGGAGUCGGGGAUUUCUAAAUUUGAAGUAUCCUUAUGGAAGAACAAGACCUGCUACAGAGACAGUGAAACUGUUUUGGUCAAUGACUGGAUAACACUCAGUAGUAACUACUCCUUCUAUCAGCUGGUAGAUCAGGAACUUGAGGAGAGAGUGCCUUAUUUUGUGAAGUUACGAGUCACAAACUGCGCUGGUCUGUCUAUUGUAAAACAGUCUCCAACCAUUCUGAUAGACUUCACACUUCCCACUCCAGGAGUUGUCAAAGAUGGCUUGGAUUUUCAGAGUGAUCGACUGUGGUUUUCUAAUCCACACUCUGUUGAUGGAACUUUCUUACAUUUUGCCAAUCCAAAUCUCUUGCAACAUGCCUGUCCAAAUCGUGAGAUUUCGAUGAAGGACAAAACAUGGAAAGAACUAAAUAAACUUGGAAUGUUGGACCCAGAUGGAGAAGCCUGGAGAAUUAAGUAUGAGGACAAAUAUGUGAUACCAGCUCCUGUUGAGGACAAAGUGGACCUCAAAUUGGUCCUCACCAAAGAUUCUACAAACAGAGAUAUUAUGGGAGCCGGUGCUAUUUAUAGAAAAGCUGAGCUCUAUAAUGGAGGGACAUACAAGGUAAGACUACAAGCUGCUAGUCAGGAUGCAGAGGCUGUGACAGAGAUACUGUUUUGGGAUGGACCCGAGGAAGGCAUCUCUACCUACAAGUAUCAGCUGGAAGAAGAGUUUGUGAAUUGUGGCUGUUGCUUUGUUAAUCCUAUUCCAGAGUGGUGUGAAGGUUGUAAUUGCACCAGUUACCUUCUUAACCAAGGAUUUUACCUGAAUGAAACCUUCAGCACAACUCCUGCUCCAACUACCACCUCAGUUCCAGACAACAUCACCUUCCCACCUUAUGAUGUUGUAGACAAGCAAGGAACAAGUGUUAUUGACAAACCAGAUCUUUCAACUAAAAUAGCUCAGAAUUCUUGUGGCGUCCAGAUUUAUUCAGGCAACCCAAAAACCAAUACAAGUGCAUUCAUAGUAUCUUGGUGCAGAUAUUUCAAUGACACAAGCAGAAUGAGGAAAUUGGCAACAGAUGUUGAUAUUGACCCAGGCAAAGGUUUCUACAACUAUAAAGUGGACUUUGUUGUGAAAAAUGAGGAAGCCACUUCUACUGUUAUUUGUAUGCUGGUUUACAUGGAAGACAAUUUCCUAAAUGAGAUUUGUGAUGUACCUCAUUUGUCCACGGAUGCUUUGUUGUUCAUCCAUGUGUUUAAACGACUGAACCAGAUGCCAGAACACGCGGACAAGUUCAGUGUUUGGUCAGCUAGAGCCUCUGUGUCAGCACUAGAGAUGCCACCCCCUGUAGGAACUCUGUGUAGAUAUGGUCAACAGUUCAUUGGAUUCACUAAUCCUAUCAUGAAGUAUGAGGCUGGAGUAGGCACAGAAUCACUGGCCACAGAUGUUGUACAAUUUCGAGAGAUUGAUCAACCUUGCAUUCCAUGUAAAGGAGAAUGUUCCAGAUUUGGCUGUGAAAUUGGUUGCACCAUUGCCCAAAGUGUUCAGAAAACAUUUACUCUUUCCAAUAUCACCUUGCCAUCAAAGAAAAUGACUGUGAAUGAAACAGGUCAUGAGAGUCAACAAAUAAUUUCAUACUAUCUUACAGUGAGGGGUGUAACAGGAUCGGGAAACACUGCUGUAGCCUCUUCAAAUGGUUUCUAUGUGGAUGACACACCUCCUGUGUUUGACCCAGAUGUCAUGACAAAUGGAUUCUUCUACUAUGAUGUAGGACAAGGGGCGAAUACACCUGUCAAAUUUCAGAAAUCUAAUGAUACAAUAAAAUGUAUUUGGAAAUGUGAAGACAAAGAAAGUGAAAUUGUGGAAAACUUCUGGGCCAUAGGAACCUCACCAGGAGAAACAGACAUUCAGAACUUUACAGCCACUGGACAAAAUAUUACAGGAAUCAACAGUGAAUUGGGUGGAGUCUUAAAAGAUAACCAGACAUACUACGCAAGCUUCAUAUGUUCCAAUGGCGCAGGGCUGAAUGCAACCUACAUAGACACUGGAGGUGUCAUUGUGAAGCUCAUCCCUCCAGAUGUUGACAGGGUUAACACUACUAUACCAGGUACUUCUCACUUCACUGAAGAUGUCUACCCUAAGGAUUCCCUCCAGCAACAGGACCCCACCUCUGUAGGAUUCACUUUCACCAAGUCUGAAGAUCCAUCUGUAAACAGAUAUGAUCUUUGUGUUGGAUCUGAGUUAGAAACAGAUGAUAUCUUUCCAUGUACCUGGGUUGGCUACAAUAUGUCUGGAUCGGCAGAAAUCAAGAAUGGAUCUCUUUGGAUUGAUGGAAAUGAAGUCAGAAAACUGUCUGAAUUAAAAAGAUACCAAGAUUUCACCAACAUAACCAACUCCUCUUCUAAUAGUUUUACAAUGCCAGUGGGUCAGCAGUUGUUUGUGACCUUGCGACUGUGUAAUGAAGCAAUGUUGUGUAACAACAAGAGUCUGGGAGCAGUGGUCAUCACCAACAGUGAUUCUGUAGUAGCUACAUCUACCAAUGGUAGUGCCAUAGAGGAGACAUUAUCAAUUACCAGCAGAAAACGAGCAGUAGCAGAACUAGACAUACAGACACCAAGUGGACUAGCCAAUGGUCAGACGAUUAUUGUAACCAAGCUGAGUGACUCUGAUCUCACAAAAGACUACCGCUCUGAUGCCUCUAUAGAUUUUGUAUCAUACAUACAGAAUCCAGCAACAUCCAUGGAUAUGGUGGACAGACUGCUUUACAAAAGGAUUUAUGGACAGAGCUUUGCUUUCUCUGUGGUUCCUCUUGGUAAUGUUCCAAUGCCAGGUCCAAUGGUCAUCACAUACCCAGACAGUGUGGGAUCUGUAACCACAGGAAACAGAACAAUGCUACUGCACUGGAACCCAGUUAUGCAGUAUUGGGAGGUUUCCAGCAGGACCUGUAAACAUCUCCCUCCAGAAGAGCAAGAAAAAUAUGAUGCUGCCAAACAAACCAUGUCUGUUAAGGUGUGUAAUACUUGGGCAAAAAAUGAAAUUGAUAAAUCCGUGGUGUCUAGGAGGAAAAGAACUACGACAGAGACGAUUAAUUACUUUGGCAAGGAGACCAUGUUCAUUCUAUCUUUAACCAAGGCAUCCAUUCAGAACUCAGCACCUAAAUUAGACAGUCAAACAGAGGUUUACAUAAUGGAAGACUCAGGGACUCUACAUUACAAGCUCUCAGCUGUGGAUGAAGAGGGAGAUCACAUCAUCUUUUCCCUUAUAAAUGGAACUUUGAAUGGAGAUGUCUUUCUGUCAGAUAAUGGAUUCCUGAUUUAUACUCCAUGUGUGGACUGCUCUGGUGAUGAAAAAAUUGACAUACUGCUGAUUGAAAAUCAAACAAACCCAGAAAUUCCAGCAGCCAGCAUGAAAGUGGCCAUCAAUAUUCAUAUCCAGCCCAUCAAUGAUCCUCCAACUGUGUUAUUGACACUGAAUGGUUCAUCACUACUGAGUGAAGAUUCAACAGAGGAUGUUGUAGUGUUACUAGAAGCUAUCAAUGACUUUACUGCCAUUAAAAGAGGACACUGGAAGGCCAGAGUUGGAGCUUAUGAUGUUGAGAAAAGUGAUACACUGAAACUAAUCAUAUCUAAUCCCCUUAAUUUGAGCAUUUCUGUGACUGAGGAAAGUAAACAAGUGCCUCAUUUCAAUGCAGAUUGUAAUAGCACAGACAAAGUAUGGCCUACCAUGAUGCCAUGUGCAGACUUUUCCAGAAAUCUACCACACCCAGCUUCUGCAUUGUCUUGGCUGACAUAUGUCAUUGAGUUUAUUCAGCCCAGGAAUCAGUUUGGCAAUUAUACUUUAAGUUUCUAUUUUGAGGACAGCUCUAGUGGAACCUCGUCUCCUCUGAACAUUAAAUUUGGAAUAAUGGAGAUGCCUUGUCACAACAGUGGAACUUGUCAAGCCACAGGAAUCUACCCCUGUAAUGACACCCACAGGACCCACAGCUUUGAUGCCUACUACAGAUGUCAGUGUACGGAGGGAUAUCAGGGUAGAUACUGUACAGAGGACAUCAAUGAGUGUCUCAGUGACCCCUGUGAACAUCCAUUUGUCUGUUACAAUAACCAAGACAGCUACCACUGUGCCUGUCCUUUAGAGAACCCUAACUGUGAAAUAGUCAUAUGGAUGAUAGUGGUCAGUGUGUUGAUAGUGAUCUUUAUCCUGGCGUUGAUUGGUGUAGCUGUUUAUAGAUACAGGAAGCAGAGAGUUAAGAAGUAUGUUUUAAAAAAAAGCUCUUCUGAAGCAUCUAGUCCAAGCAUAUUAGAAGAAAGUCAAGGUGACAUUACAGAAUCAGAAGAGGAAUUGGAACAGCCAUUUCAAGAGGGAGAGAAUUUUGUCCACUUCAAUGUACAACCUCCUUUCCCAGAUGCACAAAAAAAAGUUUUCCGGGCAGUUUCUCGUAGUGAGGACACUUGUCAACCUAUAGCUGGAGAUGAUUAUGAUAAUCAGGCUAUUUCCCAGCAUGAAUUUGUGAAUCAGGCAUUUGAUGAAGAUGAUAGUGACUCCUUUUCUGAAGAACAAGUUGAUGGCCAAGAUAUUCCCAGAGAUGAAUAUGAUAAUCAGGCAUAUUCUGAAGAUGAGGAUGGGAGUCGUGAUUUUUCCAAAGAUGAGGAUUCUGCUGAAGAGGCGAAGAAUGAAAGAUAUGAUGAAGAGGAUGAUGACACUGAAAAUUCUUCAAUGUACGACGAUCCAUCUUUUGUGCAUCCUCCACCAGUCCAAGAAGAGGGGGUGUUUUGGGCAUUUACCAAAAAAGAAUGUAAUGAUCAAGCUGUUUCUGCCUCUGAUGAUGAAACAAUAUUUGAUAAAGAUGGUGGCAUCGAAACUUCAUUUAUUGAAGAUGAUCAGUCUUUUGUACAUCCUCCACCAAAUGUCAACUACCCAUCACAUGCUGUGGAAAUAGAUGAUCAGUCUUUUGUACAUCCUCCCCCAAAUCUCAGCUAUCAUUCAGAAAAUGCAAUGCAGAAUAUUAAGAAAUUUUAUCAGCGUCAUAGAAAAACAACUUUUCAGCCACUCGUUCCAGCUGCAUAUGACCAAAGCCAUUUGUCUCAAAAUAGAAGAUUGACACCAAGUUUAAGGGGGAGAGAAAAUGGACAUUCUGCAUCCAGAGUUUUGUCAGCUGGUCCUUCUGGUAGGAGAUAUGUGGGUGAAAAUCUACCCAUUUCACCAAAAGGCAAAGAAAAGAAGAGGACAUCAAUUGGUGGAAGAUUACAUUCUUCCACAGCAGCCCAGGAACAGGAUAAGAAAGAAAACAAGACAGAGUCCGCUGUUGAUCCUGACCAGGUCAGUUCCGAACCGGCACAAUUAUCUGUCUUUGUAGAGGACACCAGUGAUGAAUCAAUGUGAACGGAACUUAAAUACCAAUUUGUGACCUUGACAGAAAUGAAUAUAUAACCCUGACUGUCAUAACCUUCACUAUCAUAUCUCUGAUUUUAGUAUAUACUAUAAUUAGAAUAUGUCUACUUUGUAAUAGUAAAGUAUUAGUUUUGCUUCAAUGUUUUGCAUCUCAAAUUCUUGUACACUGUAUUGAUUAUUUUAUCCUAUUUUUGAAUGUUUUUCUAGUUCAGUUUCAAGACUAAGAGUCAUUACCAACUCUAUAAAGCUACUUUCUUCUCCACACUCAGACUGCAUUUUAUAUCUUUGUUCGAAACUUGAAAUAAAAUAAUUUCUCAUAA